CGCGCGUGCGACAGAGUUACACUGCACGCGCGCAAGUCUGCGUUUGCCCGUGUGCUUCUUCUUCGUGCCACGCAUUCCAGUCAUGCACGGCGAGGACAGCCGACUCCCGGUGUAAACACGCCGAGCGCCAGCCGCAGUGCACAAUGGAGCCUUGUAAUAUUCGCUUCGGAUUCCCCGGCAGAGCUCUACUCCGUUUACUUCCAGCGGCCUACUUAUACCCGCGGUCGCCGCGCCAUCUCCCCACACCACCAGAGCUCCCAUUCCUAGCUUAAUUUGCCGACCGCUUGGUGCCAGGGUCCUCUAGUUCCCGGUGCACGGUUGGCGCCGGGCCAUGGCGCGUGGGGGAGAGUCGCUGCAGGUGCUGAGCGCGCUGGACGCGGCCAAGACGCAGUGGUACCACUUCACGGCCAUCGUCGUCGCCGGCAUGGGCUUCUUCACGGACGCCUACGACCUCUUCUGCAUCUCCCUCGUCACCAAGCUGCUGGGCCGCAUCUACUACACCGACACCGCCAAGCCCGACCCGGGCUCGCUCCCGCCCAACGUCGCCGCGGCCGUCAACGGCGUCGCCUUCUGCGGCACGCUCGCCGGCCAGCUCUUCUUCGGUUGGCUCGGGGACAAGCUCGGCCGCAAGAGCGUCUACGGGAUGACGCUUAUGCUCAUGGUCAUCUGCUCCAUCGCGUCGGGGCUCUCGUUCGGCCACACGCCCACGGGGGUCAUGGCCACGCUCUGCUUCUUCCGGUUCUGGCUCGGGUUUGGCAUCGGCGGCGACUACCCGCUCUCGGCGACCAUCAUGUCCGAGUACGCCAACAAGAAGACCCGCGGCGCGUUCAUCGCCGCCGUGUUCGCCAUGCAGGGCUUCGGCAUCCUCGCCGGCGGCAUUGUCACGCUCAUCAUCUCCGCCGCCUUCCGCGCGGGUUACCAGGCCCCUGCGUACCAGGACAACGCCGGCGCCUCAACCGUGGCGCAGGCCGACUACGUGUGGCGCAUCGUCCUCAUGCUCGGCGCCUUGCCUGCGAUACUCACCUACUACUGGCGGAUGAAGAUGCCGGAGACGGCGCGGUACACCGCGCUGGUGGCCAAGAACGCCAAGCAGGCCGCUGCCGACAUGUCCAAGGUGCUCCAAACGGAGAUCGUGGAGGAGCAGGAGAAGCUGGAGGAGAUGGUCACAGCCCGGAGCAACAGCUUCGGCCUCUUCUCCCCGGAGUUCGCGCGCCGCCACGGCCUACACCUCGUCGGCACGGCCACCACCUGGUUCCUCCUCGACAUCGCCUUCUACAGCCAGAACCUGUUCCAGAAGGACAUCUUCACCAAGGUCGGGUGGAUCCCGCCGGCCAAGACCAUGAGCGCGCUCGAGGAGGUGUUCCGCAUCUCCCGUGCGCAGACGCUCAUCGCGCUCUGCGGCACCGUACCGGGCUACUGGUUCACCGUCGCGCUCAUCGACAUCGUCGGCCGCUUCGCCAUCCAGCUGCUCGGCUUCUUCAUGAUGACCGUCUUCAUGCUCGGCCUCGCCUUGCCGUACCACCACUGGACCACGUCCGGCAACCACAUCGGGUUCGUCGUCAUGUACGCCUUCACCUUCUUCUUCGCCAACUUCGGGCCCAACAGCACCACCUUCAUCGUGCCGGCCGAGAUCUUCCCGGCGCGGCUGCGGUCCACGUGCCACGGCAUCUCGGCCGCCUCAGGGAAGGCCGGCGCCAUCGUCGGGGCGUUCGGGUUCCUGUACGCGGCCCAGGAUCCGCACAAGCCGGACGCCGGGUACAAGCCCGGGAUCGGCGUGCGCAACUCGCUGUUCGUGCUCGCCGCGUGCAACAUGCUCGGGUUCAUCCUCACGUUCCUCGUGCCGGAGUCCAAGGGGAAAUCGCUCGAGGAGAUGUCCGGCGAGGCCGACGACAGCGAGGAGGCCGAGGCCGUCGGCAGCGGCGCGGUGCGCCCGUCGGAGACCCAGAUGGUGUAGAACGUGGCGAUGCGUGUACGGGGGUUCAUAUGGAGAUACGUGUAGGGCGGUUCACUUGUUUUCGUUUUCCCAUGUAAGUCAAUCGUGCUUUGUUGGAGUAAUACGUACAUGGUACAUGUGUUAUAUUUUAA